AGCCUGCCAGUGACAAACGGAAUGUUGUGCUGGCAUGUCCAUUAAAAUGUCAGUUUCAACCAAUUCUGGCGCGAUUUUUUACCAAUCCUCUCUGUUAACAAGAUAGUGGAAAAGGGAGAAGAAAUAAAAAAAUAAUAAGAAAGGGAGAUUUUCAAAUGGACGAGCAAAAAUGCGCGAGUGAAUUUGCGAUAGUUUUUGUGGGCUGCUACUUGAUCGGGCCUAUCCGAAGGCAAAAAACAUGAACGAGAGGAGACAACCUCAGGGGCAUCCGGAUGUUUCGCUUCGCAAUGUCCUCCUCUUCGUGGUCCUGAUCUCUUCCGUUUUAGCACAAACUCACCAGCAACAACCGCAACAAGAUACAAGGCAGUCAUGGAUACAAGUUCCCCUUUAUCCUACGAAUUCCGUAUACGAGCUGCGACAUGGUGCGGCAACCACUUCCGGUAACGGAGCUGAUCAUUCGUCAUUGUUGUUGCUGGACGAGAACAAUGUCAGGGAUCCGUCGAAGGCAAAAGUAAUCAGCCAUGAGGAGAACGAAGAGGAAUACGUCGAUGAAGAAUACGAGGGUGAUCUUGAAUCGGAACAGGAUCCCAGAAGCUCUCGAGUUCUCCAAGAGUAUGAGGCUGAUGAUCAUAAUCAAGAGAAGCGACCUUUAAAUCAAACUGCCCAUCUUCACCCCAUAAAUAAUAAAAAUAGCCAAAAAAAUAAUUCUACUCAGCAAACUAAUCAUCGAGUUGAUCCCACUUCGACUCAGUACGAUUCUUAUUACUACUACGAUGAUUACGAGAAUGAUACGCAUUCUGCUGCUGAAGCGAACGUCGACUAUCCCGACCCCUCAGUGAUUAGCAACGAGAAAAAACUUCAGCUCCCAGAAGUAGGCGAAGGUAAAUCAGAAGAAGAUUCAGCAAAAGAAGACGUAGAGUCCGUAAGUGUAGAAAUCAAAUCAACUCCUUCUAAGAACGUGUCAAAACUUUUAAAAGAAGAAACAUUUUCUGAGACUAAGUCAAAGUCUACUGAGUUUUCUCUAACGUCUUCAAAGUCUUCAAAGUCUUCCUCAGAAUUAAGGCAACCCUCUGAAUUGAAACCUGCCAAUAAUUCAAACUCUUCUAAAGUUUUAAAGUCUCUCGAGACUCAAGAAGAAGAUAAGAAUUAUGAAGAUUCAGAACAAUCCGAAACUGAUUCUGAGACCCCUGAAGACGGUUCCUCGAUGGAAGCAAGUGAGGAGAGUUUCGCCGAAGCAUCUCCUCAAGAAGAAUCAUCCUCCAGGUCAAUUUUGAUCGGAGAAGCAGUCGUCUCCGUAGUGACGACGAAAAGUGUAGUAAAUGGUACCAUUUCAGUGCCAGUCACUUCAUCGCCAUUGACCACAGAGCAGAUUUCUGCUCCGCCAACCUCUCCUAGCUCAAAACAAUCCUCAUUUCAAAUUCGAACUUCCUCUUCUGAAGCGCCCGAGGAUUUGAGCCAAGUUACCACAGAAGAUUCUUCUAGAAUUCUAGCUUCCGUCCAAACUAGUCGCAGUAUUUCUGGAGCUCGUUUCCUUCCUUUCCCAGUAAUCGAUCGGGUCGAGCAACUCGAUCAGAAUAACGAGGAGGUCACGAGCAAGAAAAUCUCUUCUUCGGAGUCUACAGAGAGCAUUAUUGAUAAACUUGACAGAGUCCAGUCCGAGUUAUCCAACGGGUUUUUAGCUGGAGGAUUUAGGACUGCUGGAAAUACACUCCAGGUUGAUGGUCCCCCUGAGGGAGAUAGGUCGAGUCAGAAGAGGUAUACGACUACUAUUAAACCUCCGGGGAAGUUUGUUCCUAGAAGAUACAGUGAUAGGAGGACUAGUACGACGAGUACGACUACGACUGCUGCUACUACUGUAACCACCACAACUCAAAAGUCGACUACGGAGAAGGGAAGCACUAAAAGGUUUAGACUGCAGACCACAUUGGAUGAUUUGGAAGGAUUGCUGCCCAAAAAUUAUCCGAGGAGUAGUUUGAGAAGGCAGUUUGCGAAGAGCACUACUGCUUCAACUCCAGUUGCUACUGAAGCAACUACUACUAGAACUACUAGCACUACUACUGCUAAGAGUGCCGUUAUUAUUGAAGAUAUCAGCGCCUUUUUACCACCAGGUUACAGACUGAAAAAAGAAGACGCCGCUGAAGUGACAGAGAAGUCUCUCCUCACAGAAAUCCUCGCCAAAUCAAAAGUCAACAUCACUGCGUUUCUGCUUCCCAGUUUCAAUCUCUCUUCUGAAUCUUUACAACCCAGUACUUCAUCUACAGAAAAAGCUCCCGAAAUUUCGAAAACGAACGCAGCGAUUCCUCCACUGCUACAAGAUCUCUUCGUCAAAUCUGAAGUUGACGUAUCAUCCUUCCUCCCUAAAAAUUUCAAGCAAAAGAAGAAUUCUACCGAAACCCAAGAUACUCAGCAAACCGCCGACAGGAAACCUUUUCAGCAAAAGAGCAGAAACUCCACAGGAACGAAUAGCGAUAUUCCAGCAGAUAAAUUAGUUGACGAUUUGAUUGCUAAAUCAGAAGUGGAUCUAUCCGCAUUUCUACCAAAAGAUUUUAAUCUGAAGAAUGCAAAUAAUAAGAUAACACAAGAAGUUGGAACUAAGAUUGAAAUUUUGAAGGUAACGCCAAGUCCGGUAACACCGAAAUCUGCAGGGAUCAAACUUGUCUUCCCAAGUAGACCUGGAGGUAGAAAACCAAGUGCUAAGAUAACAACACCUCCUCCUCGAGGUGGAGGAGAAGGAGCUUUUGCUGCCGCACCCAAGAUUCAGAAAGGAUGGCCCACUAGAGCUACCACUGAAUUUACCGGGUGGCCCACCUCCUCAACGACUCCGAUUUCUAUAGAGAAACUUUUGGAAGCUGCUCGAACUGCCACUGCUUCUUCCUUUAAUGCAUCUGCGUUUCCCACAACGAGUACUGUUACAACUACUUCUACAACUACCACAACGACAACGACUCCCAGGCCCACAACCCCAGGAAUGUGCGAAGAUGAGUGUGAGGUUGCGGGAACCAUCCGCAUAAUUGAUAAUGCAACUUGGGUGCCAGAGUUGCUUGAUAGAAAUACUCGAGAAUGGCAGGACCUUGCGAACAAGGUCGAAAGAGAGAUGAACACCAUAUUUUCGAAAUCUGCUGUUUUUAGAAAGUGGUUCCAGAAUGUGCGAAUCGAUGCAUUCAGCCAGGGAAGUAUACUCGUCGAUUAUUUCGUGGAGCUCAAUAAUCUACACGAAAGUGUCAAUACGCAGCAACUGAAAGUUAUAUUCCACGAUUCUCUGAGGACCCACAAUAAUAAUCGGUGGAACGAAACAAAGACUAAGGGCCCAUUGAAAAUGGGAGAUUUUACCAUUGAUCCAAAGUUCACUGACUUUGUCGUGAUACCGAAAGCGACGACACCAGCACUGACUGGUAACGAAGAUAGACUGAUCCCACAAUGGGCAAUUGCUGUAAUAGUCAUUGGAAUUGGAGGUUUACUCUUCAUAAUCGUGUUUGGAGUCUCUGUGCUUGCAAAUCGUCAAAGCGUGGCGAAGUUAAAGCCUUCGAUGAUGGCUAUGUACGAUGAAGAGACGACGAAAAAUGUAAUUCAUGCAACUCACGCUCCGCCCGUGCAAAGAUCGAGCGAUUAUCCAAAAGCGGACAUUCACACAAUGUGGAACGACCCAAGCUCAGCGUGGAAUGAUAAAUCCUACGAUAAAUCCUUUGAGUCAAACUCUAACAAGGUUUUAAUGGACGGAUCCAUGCACGAGGGCAAAAAAUACAAUAUGUACGACAGUUGGCGAUCCGAAUGGAAUGGGUAUUAUUACAACCCGUCACACACGAGCAGUAAAUAUGGAGGAUAUGACAGUACUUCUAAUUUAUCGCGCCAUCAUCAUCCUGACUAUGAUACGAACUUUUGAUUUGGAACUAAUAAAUAAUGUCUUUUUAAAA